CGCAGACUACAACUUGCUCUCUCAAUUCCACCGUUUCCCCCUAAUUUCUUAGCCCUUUGCAGUUUGCACACAGGAAGUUCUUCAAUUGAUUUGAAAAUUUCAGGAAGACACGAGCAUUCUUCCAUCAAGAUUGAGUCUUCAUUAGGCCGCAGCUAUCUUGGCAAAACAUUUGGGAUUGUCCUCUUAAAAUGAUUGAUUUGCUUCUAUCUGAUGCUACUGGGGGCAAUGGUGGGAGUGAAAAGUUUGUCGAGAAGCGAAAGGCACUUCUUAACGAACUGGAAUCACAUUUAUGGUCAUUAAUGACUGCAGGAGGCCGGUCGGAAAUACGACUCUGGCUUUGCAACACAAUUGCAUGCAUACGUUCGAUCUUUCCCAUUCAUCAGUGUGAGCUAUUCAUGAAACUGCUGAAAACAUCCAGACAGAAGCGUCGCUUAGCAGCCCAGCUUCUGGAAUUGCUUUUUGAAAAGCAGCCGCAAAAAGUGGGGCCUAUUGUUGCCAAGAAAAGUUUUAUGCUGGAGAAGUUUUUCAAGGGAAAUUCAAAACGUAUUUUGGCCUGGUUCUCCAAUUUUGCCGGACCCAGUGGAGUGGAACAUAAAAAGGGAGCAAAAGCAUUAUCUCAAUUUGCUUUCAAGAACCGAGACGUAUGUUGGGAGGAGCUAGAGUGGAGAGGAAAACAUGGACAGUCACCAGCAAUGGUUGCUACAAAACCUCAUUAUUUUCUUGAUUUGGAUGUUGAGAAAACAGUGGAGAACUUUCUCGAGUACGUUCCAAACUUUUGGGCAUCCACUGAAUUCUCUGAGUCUUUGAAGGAUGGGGAGAUUGUGCAUGUUGAUAAAGAGUUUUUUGUUGAGAUGUUUCUCAAUUUGAUGUACAAGGAGGACAUGGAAGAGCUAUGGGAUAUCAUAGAUGAAUUUCUCACUGGUGAAUCUUUCUCUUUUCUUUGCCAUCACCUACUCAUCGUUCUCGAAGAGCAAGAUUUGUUAUAUUUCCUUAAUACAAUCCAUAAAUUUCUCAAACCAAGUCUGGAAGUUACAGCCCUUGGGAAUCCUUCAUUUUGGCUUGAAGUUGUCCUUUCAAAAUGCAGCAUUGUUUCAGUUGAUCAGCUAUUCCUGUUAAAUGCAGUAACUAGUCAAGCUCGUCAGCUUCUGCGACUUGUCCGUGAAGAAGCUGAUGAAAAUGAAAAAGAGGAAGUCAAGAGUAUUGUUACGCAGGUUUGCUCUUCUUCAGGUCCGGCUGACAAUUUGGCUCCAAUCAUGGACGAAUGGCCCAAGAACAGAAAUUUAGAGUCAAUAAAAUGGUUGGGAUUGCAGUCUUGGGCUAUCUUUUAUAGGUUGUCCGAGGGAUUUCACACUUCUGAGUCCUGGGAGUCUUUAUUUGCCAGCAAUGGCAUAGGUUUUCGUAAGUCUCACAAGUAUGAUUUGAUUGAUCUUGUUGAAGAUUCAGAAGAUGGUGGAUUUGAGUGGGAAGAAAGGUCAUUGGAUAAAGUUAAGCGUAGAAAGAAAGAAAGACGCUCAACGAAAAGGAGAAGGAAACUUAAGUCAAAACAGAGUCUGGAUGCAUUGCUGGAUUUUGAUUUUCCGGAUAAUACAGGUUCAUGGCUGCUUUCCACUGAUCAGUUUUCUGCUACAUGGAGUGCUGUAGACCUCCCAGAACACAUAUCAAAGCAUUGUUUUUCCACAUGGAUAAAGUUAUCCUCUAAGGAAGCUAGAGAUACUUGAUUCCCUGAGUUUCCUUUAGGUCCCGCGUUUGCUGAAAACGUUACCAGCUACUGAUUUCAUCUCAUUUGCUGCAACGAGUGAACAUGAAGGUUAUCUAGUGGGAGGGAAGACUGAAGAGUACCCUGAAUCCUCUUCCUCUUCUCAGUGCCGGUUUGAGAUUUAUGGAUUCUACAUGGUGCAAACCGUACGUCUCUGUGUUCUCUUUAUUUUUCCGUUUAGAAUGGUUUCUUGCAGUCUUGCGCUACUCAAUAAUAACCGUAUCUAGAUAUAGAGUGUUAAGUGUUUACUCAAUGAAAAGCUUACUGCCCUGCAAAAAUCCAUAUCUUUUCUGUUGCCAAGAUAUUUAAGAAAUCUUGGCUUCAUGCCCUGACCCUACUUUGUUACUGCAGCUAAAGAAGGGCUUUUCGAUUGGUUAUCAUGGAUUUCUUAGGCAUCCCAUUGAAAUUGGUUUUGUUCAUGCAAUAGAGUUAGCUUCUCAACAUGCUGAAUUUCCUCCUUCCGUUUGAAGUGGGAAAGCUGCUACUAUAUUCAUCAUAUCCACUGGAUGGAUGCUGCUACACCUGGGAAAUUGAGAAUCUUUGUGCAAUCUAAAGGUGAAUUUGUGGAAGGCUUUCAAGGGUUAAUACUGAGAAACUUUGGUUUGGAAAUAUUGGAAUACGUGUCCUAAGCUCUUGCAAUAAAAUGUUAUAUCGCUUCUGCAUUAUAUGGAAGUGCACAGAUUGAAAUAGCUUUCUUAAUGUGCUCUUCAGCUUUCUUCCAGUUCAUAAACUCCAUAUAAAUAAUCCCAAGGAUCAUUCUCGCGAACCUCUUAUUCAUUGCAUUAUUUUUUUUUUUACAGAUUGAAAUAGCUUUCUUAAUGUGCUCUUCAGCUUUCUUCCAGUUCAUAAACUCCAUAUAAAUAUUCCCAAGGUUAUGAUGAAACCUACUACGACUAUCAUCAUUCUCGCCAACCGAUUGUUCAUUCUCGGAGUAGGCUUCAUCAUAUCCUUGGAAAUAUUUAUAUGGAGUUUAUGAACCGGAAGAAAGCUGAAGAGCACAUUAAGAAAGCUAUUUCAAUCUGUAAAAAAAAAAUAAAAAAUAAUGCAAUGAACAAGAGGUUGGCGAGAAUGAUGAUAGUCGCAGUAGGCUUCAUCAUAACCUUGGGAUUAUUUAUAUGGAGUUUAUGAACUGGAAGAAAGCUGAAGAGCACAUUAAGAAAGCUAUUUCAAUCUGUAUUAUAUGUAAAUGAUGGUGUAGGGUUUUCCUUUUCUUUUUUCCAAGGUCACAGAUGGUUUUUCGGAGGUCUGAAAUCUGUCAUUCAAUCAAGAACCUGCAGAAUAACUUCAGAUAUUAUAGGAAAAGCUGUAACUUUAAAAUCUCAAAAUCCAAUUAUUAUUUUCUGCAAAUAGCUUAGAAAAAGAAAAUAGAACUAACAAUAUCAGCCACUUUACAGCAUGGAGUGAUGUCGGAGUAACCUUAAAACAGAUCUGAUAGCAUGCAUUUUGUCUUGAUCAAACUUCUGGAAUCCAGGACUACUUGUCCCAUCAUUGUUCAUGAGAUUUACCCCCAACAUCAUCUAUGUGACUCAAGUGCUUCAAACUGACAUCGGGAGCACAAGAUGCCCAGAGAUGGUUCACUGAAAACACGAAAUCCUGCUUCUAAUUCAAAAUCUUCUUUCCAGUGGAAUACUUCUUCGUCAUCAUCAUGAUAAUGAGAGCUCUUUGUUUUCUUCUUUAAGAGCUUGAGAACAAAUAAAUAUGUACGUUCUUUCACCUUUUUUUAAUUUGAUCAACAAGCAAAAUAGGUGAUCUGAAGGGAUUUUCUUUCAACUCUCAGAAAUUCAUAAACUAGAAAUUGG